CGUAAACGCAGUGUUUGUUUACAAUCGCUAUCCGUUUGACGCAAACACCCAAACAAUGGUUGAGUUGUCAUCGCCGGGGAAGAAUGUCUUCAACUAUUCCUCUGCUUUCAAAUACACCAAAAUAGCGACCGAUGACCACGUGUUCAGUGGGAACGGCUUCGGCGGUGAUGAUGACGACGGCGACGACCCGUACGACCCGACAGUCCGGCGCCAGUCUCUCGUCAACCAAUUGGUCCACAAAGUGAUUGUCGGCGUCUUUUACGUCACGUUUGUGCUCACGUUUCCCAUCUCUGCCUUCAUCUGCAUCCAGCGGAUCCAUUCCCUCCAGAGGUGUGUCGUCUACCGGUUGGGUAUACGUCUGCCACUCAAAGGACCCGGGAUUAUCAUUAAGUUUCCGUUCAUUGAUUGCAUCGAAAUCAUCGAUUUGUCUGAUUAUGAGUUCGUAUUGGCCGACAAAACGCAGCCAUUGAUGACAUCUGAUGGAUCGAUCGUUGAAUUCAAUUCAAUCGCGUGUCACCUGAAUGUGUUGAACGCCAUCCGGAGCUCCACUCAACUGAAGGACUCGAAGACCAGUUGCCAACAGUUCUGUCGCCUGUCUUUCGUCAAUAUGAUGGCCGGCACUCAUGUGGAGGACUUCGAGAACAAGAUCGACACCAUUAUGAGACAAUUCGAGCAGAACUGCAACACAUACCUCAACAACUGGGGCUAUAAUUGCAAAGUGGAUCACUUGCCCAAAUACGUUGUGAUGAGUCGCGCGAAUCCCAUAAACCCAAUCGUGUCUAAACUGAAGGCUAUGUUUGGCGGCGGACCUCAGGUGGAGGCGCCCAACCCAGUGAUGGAAGACCUCUUGAGACUCCAGUCCACGACCUCUAAUGGCGGCAAAGACUUCACCGACAAUCAGAUCUUGGCAUCGCUUCAGCGAUUUGCUGAGAAGUAUCGCAAUUAUGUCUUUCACGACAUCUCUAUCGCGAUACAAGUGCGCGAAGUCCUGUCCAACGAGUUCUUCAUAUUUAACCACUCGUCAGGAAAAGUGUCGAAAUUGACGGAUAAGCCCAACCGAGUGGACAUCAAUAUAAGCGCCGACACCAGCGAUGAGUUGAUGCAGUUCUGUACCAACGAUGACAUGUCGAGCGUCCGAAUCACCACUAAUUUGAUAUAAACUGCUUGUUAUCCGGUGUUUGCGUAGAUUUAGUCACUAUUUAUUGUCUUAUUUACGAAGUAAUUGUUAUUUCAAUUGAUUGAUACCUCACUAUAAUUGUGAACAAAUUUGUUGUCAAACUAAUGAUUGGAAUCAUAAGUCUGUAUGAGAUGUCUGGUCCGGAAUCUGGUCACACAAAUUGGGAUCUCAUUGGCCGACACCUCCCGAACCCCUUCCCAAGCAAUACUCCCAA